GCGACGACAUUCGAUAUACUGUUAGGCAUGUACUACCUCGAAGUUGCUAAGCCCCAGUUCGACUGGGAUAAGAAGGUGCUCAAACACAAGUUGCCCGAUGGCCGAACUGUCAGAUUGACCAAGUUCAAGGCCAGUAGCAUUAUAGAUACCUAUGGCUGCUUGUGCGCAUCCGCGUUCUACAACUAUUACAAGCAAAAUGAAGAGGAGGGUACGUACCUAAUUUAUGUCUCUGCGAAGGGGGAGGCCGUCAAAACACCCCCAGAGAUAGAACGCGUCGUUGCUAAGUUCCCUGAUCUGUUCGAGGAGCCCACAAGAGUUGUUGAUAGGGAAGUCGUCCACGCUAUAGAAAUCAUUCCACGGAGUAAGACCCCAAAGGGAAGGAUCUAUAGGAUGGCCCCUCCCGAGUUAGAUGAACUUCGGAAACAACUAAAGGAGCUGACAGAGAAGGGAUGGAUUCGGCCUAGUACUUCCCCUUACGGAUCACCUGUGCUAUUUGUACCGAAGAAGGGGGGUACUUUGAGGAUGUGCAUUGCCUAUAGAGGCCUCAAUGCCAUCACUGUGAAGAACGCAGAGCCUCUACCUCGCAUAGACGACCUAUUGGAUAGGGUGCAAGGAUGCAAGUACUAUACUAAGAUAGACUUGAAAUCCGGAUAUCAUCAGAUCGUAAUAAGACCUGAGGACCAACACAAGACAACAUUUCAGACUAGAUAUGGUAUGUAUGAGUUUGUAGUGAUACCUUUUGGUCUUUGCAAUGCGCCGGGUACAUUCCAGCACGCUAUGAAUCGGAUCUUCCAUGACCAUUUAGAUAAGUUUGUCGUGGUUUACCUAGACGAUAUUCUGAUCUUUAGUAAGUCUGCCGAGGAGCAUGCACAGCAUGUUGAGACGGUACUCUCACUCCUUCGACAACACAAGUAUAAGGUCAACUUAGAGAAGUGUGAAUUCGGUCGCACUAAGAUACUAUACUUGGGUCAUGAAGUAUCCGCGGAGGGAAUUAGGACGGAAGAUGCGAAGGUGGCUAGUAUUCGAGACUGGCCACGACCUCAGACAGUCACUGAGGUCAGAUMWUUCUUAGGAAUGUGCGGCUACUAUAGGAACUUCRUAAAGAACUAUUCUACAGUCGCCUCUCCUUUGACAGAUCUAACUCGACUUGACACGCCGUGGGACUGGAGUGAUGAGUGCGAAGAUGCUUUCAAGCGAUUGAAGCAUGCACUCAUGAAUCAUGAAGUUCUCAUGGUUCCCGAUCCGCAGAAGCCGUUCAUAGUAACCAUUGACGCAAGUCAAUACGGCAUUGGCGCAGUGCUGGCUCAACAGGAUGGGAAAAAGUUGAGACCGAUUGAGUACAUGAGUAAGAAGAUGCCAUCGAAGAAGUUGGCUAAGUCCACCUACGAAAGGGAACUCUAUGCUCUCUACAAGGCACUUGUCCGUUGGAGACGCUUCCUUUUGGGAAGGUUCUUCUAUCUGAGGACUGAUCAUCAGACCCUCAAAUGGAUCAAGACUCAACCGGCUCUUUCUGAUGCACUCAAGCGAUGGAUUGAGGUCAUAGACCAAUAUGACUUCAAGCUUGAGUACCUGAAGGGAGAGUACAACAAGGUUGCAGACGCGUUAUCCCGUAGAGCAGACUACCUAGGUGCGCUAGUUUCUGACUUUGGCGUAUCUGAAGAAGUAACUCAAUCAUUGGUGGGAGCCUAUCAGGAAGACCCUGUCACGAURGACAUCAUCCGCAAACUUCAGGCAAAAGGCCACCGAAAGUGAGUUYGUGAURGUGGAUGRGCUAAUCUAUCUUGAUAAGCCCGGAGUAAAGAGAUUGGUAGUUC